AUGCUGAAUGCCCGUCUACAAAAGGAGCAGGGUAUUAGACGACAUUCCCUGUUGUACGUUGAUAUGAAGAUCAAUGGGCAUGCUGUGCGGGCUAUGGUAGAUACCGGAGCCAUGCGCAGUAUAUUGGCUAGCGAUGUUGCUAAACAACUUGGGUUGAAGCUAAAGACGAACCUAAGCCGUAUCAAACCCGUGGACACUGAAGCGUCACCGGUUGACGGGAUAGUUGAGGGGGUGUCGAUACGCUUGGGUGAGUGGCAAGGAAAAGGCAAUCUGCUCGUGAUGCCGCGUCACACUUACCAACUCAUCUUGGGGCAAGAUCUGAUGGUAGAGGCGAAUGCUAUGAGAGUACCUCACCUUCUUGGGGACUACCCGGAGGAACGCUCUUUCAAGAAGAACAACGAUGAAGCUAAGGCCCGGCUUGGCACUGUGACAGUGGUUGAAGAUGAUGAUGAAGCCGGUGUUGGUUCUGUCUCAGCAGAGUGCCAACGUGGAUGGGACGCCGGGGACGGUGCCCCUUCCUCUUCUUGCCCGAAGUAG